AUGGCUUCUCGCUCAUCUCCCAAAGGACGUUCGCAUUUCGAGGAGCUCCCCGCAGAGCUUAUCCUCGAAGUCAUUUUGCAUCUCAGAGUCGCCAGCAUAAAGCAGCUCAGCCUCGUCUCGUCCACCUUUCGCCACAUAUGCUUCCCCAGCAUCUUUCGAGACGUAUCCUUUACUUCCCGCAGGACUCCACGCAGAUUUCUGUCCACAACGCGCAGCUGGUGCGCCGUUCCCUGCGUACGGAAGCUUUCCUUCGACGAGAUCGACUCGAAAGCUGUCAAACCUCACGAGCUAUUGCCGUGGUGCACCCUAGUACAGGAACUCAAAAUGUGUCUUAUGGCUGAUCCGACGCUAUACGUGCCACUUUUAUCCGGACUUGGGGAGCUCAGAGUCUUCAAACUUGAACAUGUUAUAUUCCAGUGCUCAGCAGACCUUCUCGAAGUCUUCCGAAGUAUGUCAUCCACGGUCAAAGACCUCAGGAUUGAUGACGUCCAGUUCGCAUCCAUAUCCUACGAUGAACCAAUUCCGACCCACACUGGCAAGAGGAUUCAAGUCGAAAAGCUUAGCGUCGGCUCCUCUCUAGUCCUGGAACUCCUGCUACGAGACGAUUCUCCAGUCGGAUUUUCGCAUUUGGAGGUGGCAGAAACAAGGACUAUAAGAUCGCAUCUUAUAAACAAGCUCUGCCGUCUCAGCCCUCGCCUUACUAAACUUGUAAUUGGGAACCCUAUCUUGGAAUUCAACAACGAACCUCUCGAGCUCAGUACCGUCAAACGGCUAAUUCUCUUCUUCUACUAUUUAGAGCCAGGGCUCACGCCCCUUCGCGACCUCUUAAAGCCUUCAAAUACUCACUUGGAAGAAUUAACCAUAAAACUCCCAGUCGUAUUCGUUACAGGAGAGAGCAGCGAGUGGGAGUCAUUGGCGUUGGCUCUGUCACGACGACCAAGGUUGAAGAGGGUGAAUGUCGUGCUAUGGGAAAAGUGGCAUAGAGCGUACGCGGAUGUUAAUGUUAGGCUCAACGAGCUUCAUCGCAGACUCGAACCGCGACGCCAUAUGAUAUCGAGAAUUCUAGCGAAUAAUCACUUCCAAGUCACGGUGGAGGGCGCUCACUGGUUUGGAGAUUAUUCAAUACUUUCAACUAUGGAUAGUGGCAAUUAG